GCUCUUUAAACCCUAAAAGCAAAGCAUCAUUUAUUUUCUUCUUUCUUUCUCAUCUCGACGACUGCAAUAUUUCUUAGGUUUCUUUUCUCCACCACCGCACCACCACCUCUCUAGCCAUGGGUACUGAAACCCUAAAACCAGUAACAAAAAUAAUCCAACACUUAGCUUCAUGUAACAAAUCAACAAGAGAUAAAGCAAUCAAGCUUCUGAAAUCAUGGUUCCCAUCACAACCAGAAGUAUCAGAUGAGCAAAUGAGAAAAAUCUGGAAAGGAUUGUUCUACUGCGUAUGGCAUUCAGAUAAACAACAAGUUCAAUUAGAACUUAUUAACAACCUCUCAUCAUUACUGGUAACUUUUGAUGAUCUUAAUCUUUCUGUUCAAUAUUUCGAGGUUUUCUUGAUUACUAUGCGUCGUGAAUGGUGUGGGAUUGAUUAUUUGAGAUUAGAUAAGUUUUAUCUGUUGAUUCGUAAGUUUCUGCAUCAGUUUUUUAAUCUUUUGAAAAAGAAUGGGUGGGAUAUAGAGGUAAUGGAGAGGUUAAUGGGUGUUUUGGAAGUGAAAACUUUGUUUAGUGCUGAUGGAUAUCCUGCACAUGGUGUGAAUUAUCAUAUUUGUGAGAUCUUUUUUGAAGAGUUGAAGGCUUUUAUACCUGUUAGUCUGGAUGUUUUUAAAUUUGAUGUUUUGGUGAAACCGUUUCUUUUAGUGUUGAAAAAAUCUACUGAUAAGAUUUUGUUGAAUAAGAUUAGAACUGGGAUGUUUGAGUUUUUGCUUAGACAUGGAAAGAAACUUUUGGAAUUUAAGAAAUCCAAUGGUUCGUCAGAGAAUGUGGAGGCUGAAGUUGAGUUUUUUGGUACUAUCGCAUUGACAUUUAGUCUCUCGGCUAAAUUAUUUGCUUUAGGUUCUUCGGAAGAUUGUCUUCAAGGGAAUAGGAAAGUUUUGUUCGGUUUGCAUGAGAAUUUUGAAAAGUUGGAGAAGGAGUUGGCCAACUCAAAGGUUAAAAUUGGUGCUUGUAUGGUUAAAAAAGGUGUGGAUGAUGAGGAGGAAAUUCCUGAUUUGGUUCCGAUUACUGGCAUUAAAGUUGGUUCUGAUGAAGUUAUGGCGGAACAGGCUGAAGUUGAUAUAAAUGGAUCAGCGGAUAAGUCUUCUAAGAAAAAGGGAAAGAAGGCGAAGAAAGAUUCUAGUGGAAAGGGUAAGAAAGAUUCUAGUGGAAAGGGUAAGAAAGAUUCCAGUGGAGAGGCUAAGAAAGAUUCUAGCGGAGGUAAAAAUUCGAAGAAGAGUAAGAAGGGUUCGUCUGGUAAAGAUGCAAACGAGAAUGAAGGUACAAGGGACACUUCUAGUAGCAUUAUAGAUUUUAAUGAAACUGUGAUCUCUAAUUUGCAAAUGCAGUUUGAGAAGGUUGCUGCUGAAGUGGGUAUGGAUUUGAUUGAUACAAGCUCUGAAGUUCUACCUACCUUGCCCAUCAAUGGUACUGUUUCGAAGAAGAGAAAGAGAGCAAGGAGUGCUGACAGGAUGAGCUCACUCGGUAAAGAUGUUAGUGGGGGUGGUUUAACUGAGAAGAGCGCUAAGAAGGUCAGGUUUUCCAUGAAGAGCAACAUAGUUUGGAAACCCCAGACUCCUUUACCUCCACAAAGUUUGAGAUUACCGCCAUCUGCGACUCCCAGAGGCAGUGCUCUAAAGAAGGGGUUAUCUCCAGGUCCAAUUAGGGAGAGUGCUCUUGUCCCCAAAAUGGUGAAUCAGAGGCCUAGUACUGUGAAGAAGGUGCGAAAGUCUCCGAAAGGUGCCGCUCCAACUGUGAAACGAUUGAGGAAGAUGAGAUUCUGAUUCAUGCUUUAUUGUUUCAGCCACUGUUUCUGUGUAAUCUACUGAGGCAAAACUAUGUGUGAUGUUAUCUCAGCAGUGAUUCUUUCAUUAAACCAGAAAUAGGUAACACUCUUGGAGUUAGUUUACUUUCGUUUCAUUUGAUAUUCAUUGUGUUACGUCAUUUAUGCAAUCUUAUCAUGCUCCAUGGUUGAGAAAGCACAUAUUCAUGAUAGCUUAGUUCAAUUUAUUCCAGGUUCUAUUGUUGUGG